CAAGACACGGAGAGAUAGAAAUAGAAAAUCUCUUUAAAAGAAACUUCGAAUUUUCUUAAUUCUUUUGCUUGUGUGUUUGAAUAGACUCUAGAAUGUCGCCAGAGACAACGUCAUACCAAGAACAAGAUGAUUCGGAUGCUGAAUUCGUUGAGGCCGAUCCCACAGGUCGUUACGGUCGGUACAAGAAGGUUUUAGGAAGAGGAGCUUUCAAGAAAGUGUACAAGGCAUUUGAUGAGCUUGAAGGUAUAGAAGUAGCAUGGAAUCAGGUUAAGGUCACGGAUCUAUUGCGGCAUUCGGAAGAUAUUGAACGCCUUUAUUCGGAAGUUCAUUUGCUUAAAACUUUGAAGCAUAAGAACAUAAUGAAAUUUUACAAUUCCUGGGUUGAUACCAAAAAUGAACAUAUCAACUUCAUCACUGAGAUUUUCACUUCAGGAACAUUGCGGCAGUAUCGAAAGAAGCAUAAGCAUGUCGAUUUGAGGGCAUUGAAGAAAUGGUCUAGGCAGAUCUUGGAGGGUCUUCUCUAUCUUCACAGUCACGAUCCCCCGGUGAUUCAUAGGGAUCUGAAAUGUGAUAACAUCUUUGUCAAUGGUAACCAAGGUGAGGUGAAGAUCGGAGAUCUAGGGUUGGCUGCUAUUCUUCACCAGGCCCGUUCUGCACAUAGCGUUAUCGGUACACCCGAGUUUAUGGCACCGGAACUCUACGAGGAGGAAUACAAUGAGCUUGUAGAUAUUUAUGCUUUCGGCAUGUGUUUGCUCGAGUUAGUAACUUUCGAGUACCCAUAUGUGGAAUGUGCUAAUGCAGCUCAAAUAUUCAAGAAAGUAACAUCGGGAAUAAAGCCAGCAUCGUUGGCGAAAGUGGCGGAUCCUGGAGUGAAGUUGUUUAUCGAAAAAUGUCUUGCUAAAGCCUCGGAUCGUUUGUCUGCGAAGGAUCUUUUAAGGGAUCCAUUUCUCCAACCUGCCGAGGAAAAUGACAAUGUAGGUCGUUCUUUACAAGCUAAUGUCCAAUCUUCAGGUAGAAUUCUAGAGCAUUUUCUGGAGAUUGAAGGCUUUGAGUAUUUUCAACCUCAAUUGUACAUAAUAAAUGCAGAUAGUACUUCUGAUCAGACUAAUUUAAGGGGAAAUACAAAGGAUCUUCAAUCUGAGACAGGCGUGGAUGUCAAAGUGCAAGGUCAGAGGAAUGACGUUAACAUGAUAUUUCUGAAAUUACGGAUAUCAGAUUCUACAGGUCACAUCCGCAACAUCCACUUCCCCUUUGAUAUUGAAGCAGAUACAACGACAGCCGUUGCUGGAGAAAUGGUUGAAGAGUUGGACUUAACAGAUCAAGAUAUUCCAACAAUUUCCGAAAUGAUUGAAUCGGAAAUUCGGUCUCAUAUUCCUGAUUGGGUUCCAAAAGAAACUCCUAGUGAUACUUUGGGAGAAAUUGCAAAUUCUAGUAACCAUCUCUCUGAAAAUAAGGGUGAUGGGUCUCCGUUGGCUUAUGAGCUGGUGUCAUCUCCGGGCCAUCUCUCAUCAGAGAGGUUACCUUCUGGUCGAAGAUUCUGGUCUGAGCCACUCAAGGCAGCUGGUGGAAACUAUUUGACCAGUUUCAGUGGUUCAAAUGUUGCUUUUCGAGUGGAUUUUGUAAGGUCUUCAAAUACUAUGGUUGAACUUGAUGAACAAUCUCAUGAUAGCUAUGAAAUUGGAGGUAAAAUAAACAGUACUUCAUCUGGACGACUUCACACUGAGUCCACACAUCACAAUGGCGGAGACGAUGAUGGUCAUGGGAGAGACGAUGGUGCUAAUAGAAAACAUUUUUCGAAAGAGAACAGUAAGCCAUUAAAGGAUGCUGAAUCAGGAGUGAAGGCAAUAACAGAGAGACUCGAGUCUCUGUUGUUAAAUCAGCAAAUGGAGGUUGAUGAACUAAAGAAGAAGCACAGAUUAGCCAUAUCGGACCUUCUGAAACAACUGCCUCAGGAAACCCGUGGAAAGGUUUUGGCAACAUGUAAGAUGAAGAUUCCAGAUUAUGCUAUUCAAAACGACACAAACCGCUAAUUGUGCAUCCGACAUUCCAGACUCGUGUCUCUUUGAUAAAGGUGGGUUUUCUUCAUCCUUGAAUAUCGAGCUUCUCUAGAAAUAUAACCUUAUACACCUUAGAAGGAAUGAUGGUACUACCAGACACUCCAUUACAGCUUAAGAGAGUGCAUUUUGUUGGUUAAGUUGGACAUUCCAGGUCGGUAGCUGACAAAUCUGCAGGAAUGCCUCUAUCCACAGGUGAGACAAGAUCAACAAUGCUCUGUAACUGUAACGACAGCACAUCACAUGAUGAGUUAAAAGGAAAGGACGAUCAAGCCGAAACCUCGGUCUCAAAAAAUUCGGUGUGCUAUCGAGAUGAGUCAUUGUUCCUGCAAGUCAUGUAUUUAUGUAACAUAGUUUCAAAUAUCUGAGGAUUUCUGCACAUCAUGGAUGCAGAAGCUUCUUCUUGUUUAUACUGGAAUGUGGUUUAAUUUGAUAGUUCUUUCAAAAACUUCCACGGGAGCAUAUAUUUGUACGUAUG